UUUUUUUUUAAUAAAGUUCUAGGUUGGUGCUGUUGUUGGCAUUGAUAUUGAUUCUCUUCCCCCUUCUUCUCCUAUCUCUCUCUCCUUCCUCGUCGCACAAAUCGUAUCAGCAGCAAUGUCUGGAGAAUCCGCUACCGCUAUUCACAAGGGUCAAGUUGAUCUCUUAGACUUCAUAGAUUGGACUGGUGUUGAAUGCCUCAAUCAAAGCACCACUCACUCUCUUCCCAAUGCUAUCAAACAGGGUUAUAGAGAAGAUGAAGGUUUGCAUCUAGAAAGUGAUGCAGAUGAACAGCUUUUGCUUUAUAUUCCUUUCACCCAAGUUAUUAAACUUUAUUCCUUUGUUAUCAAAGGUCCUGAAGAUGAAGGCCCCAAGACAGUGAAGCUCUUUUCCAACAAGGAGCACAUGGGAUUCAGUAACGUAAAUGACUAUCCACCAAGCGACACAGCUGUUUUGUCCCCAGAAAACCUCAAGGGGAAACCAGUACUUUUAAAGUAUGUUAAAUUUCAAAACGUUCGCAGCUUGACAAUAUUUAUUGAGGAUAAUCAGACUGAUUCCGAGAUCACCAAAGUUCAGAAGAUUCUGCUGAUCGGAUCAACUUUGGAUAUAUUCGCAUAAGCCAUACAUAGACAAGUCUUGUUUCAUUCCCUAAUUGAAUCACAAGGAAUGGCUCUCCACGACAAUAACUAGUUCUCAUUCUCUUCUCCGGGUCCCAUCUUCUGCCUUCUAGAAUAUACCUAUAAUGUGUGUUUGAGUCAGUUUUGCUAUUGGACUCGGCGCAGGUGUUCUAUAACUUCUAUCCUAUCAGUAGCUUAAUAAUUAAAAGUAAAAAGCGAUUAAUGAAAAUUACAAGUCAAGUCAUUGAGAAGGGUUGAGAUUUGAAUAGUUAGACAUGAUUUACUAGAUAAUGUUGUUGAAUAAUCCGUGGAGCUGACCUUACCUAGUAAGGGAAGCCUUCAUUUGUUUUGUAUACCACUUUAUUGUUAGUUGCCUCUAGUAGAAGAAACAGUUAGAAGACUAUAGGACCAGAUAUUAUUUUGUUUUUCUAGCUGCAAUGUGAUCUACAAAUUUGAUUUUGGUCUUGGCAUUUUA